UCUAUUCACAACACACUAGCAGCCGACACUGCGCUGCGUGUAGUGUAGGUUAUACGGAAAAUGGCAGCAAAAGCAGUUGUAUCUAGAGGAGCUUCUCUACUUCUCGGGACAUGUGUACCAUGUGUCAAAACUAAUGCAUCCAAAUUCAAAGUUAGGAGACUUGUUCUAGACACGUAUUUACACAUGUAUUUCCCAGAGUACGAGUACAUAUACGCUCAUGAUCCACAAAAAAUUUGCAAAACAGGAGAUUCAGUUCUCCUUAAAAAGUUACCAGAAAAGUUGACCACUCUAAUCACUCACGAGGUUGACAGAGUAGUUUAUCCCCUUGGAGAUGUUACAGACCCAGUUACUGGCAAAAAAGUUACAUUUAAUCAUUAUCGGGAAAGUCAAGAUGCUGAAACAGAACUUUAUGGUCCUCUACCAACCCGCUUCCAGUAUGAUAAGGCUCCUCCUAGGGGAUGGCAGGAAGAUAAAAAGGAUUUGACGCAUCGGGAAACAUACAUUAAGUAUAACGAUGAUGGCAAGGAUCAGAAGUAUGCCAUUUAGGUUACUACUAGUUCAAACCUUUUGUCCUGAUAAAAUAUUUUGUUUAGAUCUAGAUGUUUGUGUUAAAACUGAAAACUGGUGGAUUAUUAAAAAAAGGAUGUAAAAUGA